UCUCGUUUUGGCUAGGCUACAUCAUUAUUGUCGCGCUUCACUUGUGCGAACAACAGAACUUUCCGUACACAACUAAACGUUGCUGAAUUGCAGCGUUAUUUCCUGCCUUAAUUGGACCAAGGAGACAUCGAGGAAGACCCAGAAUCUCGUGACCGAGACAACGUGACACGGAUGUUUAUUAGAUUAUACGGAAGUAAACGCAACUUCAGAACCAGCUGAUUACAGCAAACUUCUCUGCCACACAUCCCAAUAUGAAAUACACGUUGUUUUAUGCCUACUUACUUACUCAGACAUUGGAGCAAGUAACAUCACAUCUUCGUAAUGGGAAGAGGAAAUGGCCAGUACCGUACAGGCUAUGAGCACAGUGCAUGCACACGCAAGGAAACCAGUAGAUGCAGAAACCAGAAGGCACACAACACCGGCGCUUUGAUCGACGUCCAGAAGUGGAUCCAUAUUGCCAGGCAUUAUAUCCCUUCUGUCCCACUGGUGACGGCGACAGUCGGAUACCUUACAUGCGAGAUUCUGACAUUAUCUCAGUGUUUCGACUCCAAGCUCCUGUGUGGGAAUUUAAGUACGGCGACCUAUUGGGGAAAUUUCACAUCAUGCAUGAUGCAAUUGGAUUCGGCAGCAUAGAGACUGGGAAAAACUACACCAUGGAGUGGUAUGAGAUGUUCCAGCUGGGAAACUGCACCUUUCCUCACCUUAGGCCAGGUGUCAGUGCCCCCUUCUGGUGUAAUCAAGGUGCUGCAUGCUUCUUUGAGGGGAUUGAUGAUAUGCAUUGGAAACAGAAUGGAACUUUGGAGAAAGUGGGUGAAAUAACAGGUGACCAGUUCAAUGACAUGGCUCGUUGGGUCCAAGAGGACAAUGAGACUGGGAUUUACUAUGAAACCUGGACUGCACGCUCUGACCCAAGUGUGAAUGCAACUGUAUGGUUUGAAUCCUAUGACUGCUCCCAGUUUGUGCAUCGAAGUUAUCGAAAGCUAUCGGAGUUGGGUGCUAAGCUCACAAGCAAAACACAAACAAACUAUACUAAGAUCUACUUGUUCAGUGGAGAGCCCACCUACUUGGGAGAUGAAGAUACCAUCUUUGGUCAAGCCUCCAUGAAAUCUCUGGCUUGGGACAUAAGGAACUUCUACCAUGCAUUUCAGCCCCAUCAGUCUAUUGUGGAUACCAUUAUUAGCAUCAUUGAUGCCUAUGAAAAGUUGAUCUUGGGGAAGAGCUUCUAUUUGUUCUAUAAUUUUCAGUAUUGGCACCUGCCCAUGAAGCCACCAUAUGUUCAAAUCAAAUAUGAGGAAAUUCCUUUGCCGUGACUUGCAUCCAUAUCAUAUUGUUUUUAAUUAACUUUUGCAUUGUGAAUAUGCUUCACUCCCCUGUAUUCCCCCAACCCCACCUCAAGCCUUGUCUACUGUCAUGGAUAUGUACAUUUGUUGUCCAGUUGAAAGGUGUUGAAACCAGCCGAGAAUGCCUCACAAUUCAUGGGUAGUGUUACUGUUGGUGUGCUGACAAAGCAAUACCUAAGGUUAGCAAGCUAGUUCAUAUUAUUAAUUGUGUAUCUUGUAAUGAUUUGGGAAUUGUUGCCAUGAAAAAAAAUUAAUCCAUUACAAUUUGCCUGUGUCCUUUUGCCAGUCACCUCAAAAAAUAAUCAAAUUAGUCAAAUUAAAUCAAACAGGUUUUCUGUAUGAAUAGCAUGUUUUGAACCGGCACUGUACUGGUAGAUUAAAUAUAAAAUAGAAAUAUAGCCGCAAGCGGCGAUGGCGGGCCCGAGCACCUGCGGUGCGGACCUGUGACAUGUUCGGACCUGUGACAUUUUGUAAU